AUGUCUUUACGAGAAGGCAAGACCGCCACCGAGUCGGAUGCCGAACCGAAUUCUCGGUCUGUGUUGUGUCCUUUGGAGCCUCCCCCACCCUUAAUAUCAGACUCGGAAAAAGGAUUUUCAUGUUCUUGCCCUCCAUUUGAAUGCAUAUGUGGAAGACUGCCAUCCACCCAAGGCCAAUUUCACCACAAUCCCCAGUUCCAGCAUCCCCAUAUGGAUCCAUCAUACUGGAUUCAAGAUCAUCUUCAACAGUUCAAUACGAUUUCACAUCCAGAAAGUUUAUCAGGUGUUGCAAGUAAUUACUUCAAUCAUGUUCAGAGUGAAGAAUUGAGUGCAAAUAUGCUGAAUCAACAGCAAUGUGAAUUAGGUCCACUAGGCAGUGACUUAUUUCAGCCAGAUGAAAUUUUUCAAUUGGAUCAACCUUUACGGCCACCAGAUUAUGGAAUGAUAAUCCAGCAUCAACAGCAUAACAACAACAACAUAGACAAUGAAAGAUCUCCACCUAUGCUGCUUGAUUUGGGUAGUGGAACAAUCCAUCGUGAUAAUAUUAAACAUGAACCCGAAUCAUAUUGGUUGCUUCCUCAGUCACAGCUUUUAUCUGUCGUCACUGAUGAAAGCAACAGUAGUUCCAGUCAGUUUCCUCCCUGUUCACCAGAUAAUCCAUUAUCAUCCAAUACACGUCAACAUUCAUUGGAAGACCCCAAUUUGUGUGAACUAAAUGACAAUGUGCAAUACCAAGAUAGUGCCAUGCGUAUGCAUUGUAAUUCUUCAAAUCACACUAAUACUAUUGUUAACCCCAGAAAUAUAGAAGAAGUGACAACCAAAGAUGUAGUCAAUAGUAUUUUCCAAUAUAACACACAAGAAAAUGCAGUGAAAACUGAGGGUACAUUGCAAGCACAAGGUAUGAGUGACAAUCACCUGCUGUAUUAUGAAUUACAGGAUUCUCGCUUGGAUAUUCCUCAACAUCCAAACUCUUUGGAUGUGAACAGCAUGAAUGGGUUUUCUUAUAGUCCUAAUGAUGAACAGUCAUACAAAAUUAUUCACUUGGAGAACAGAAAUGGCAACACUUGUGAUAUGGAAGGAAAAACGAAAGGUUUUAGGUUUAGUAGUGUUCCUGGGGCAACUCCUCCAGAUUCUCAAAUUAAUGCUAAGGAAUUUCUAAGCACAAAUUUUAGUUCCCCCUGCCUUGGAGUACAAAACAUGGAUGAUAUAGAUGGACCUUGUCCUACUGGAGAGUAUCCUCUAUCAGGAGUGUCAAACAUGUAUUGUGAACGUAUGGAUAUGCAUUGCACAUCUUUGGAUGGAAGCACUCACACACGGUUACAAUGCACAACUUCUCCAAGUGAAAUUGCUAACAAUUGUAGAAUGCAGUGUUCAGAUGUAGAUAAUAACACCUACCAUUCUCCCUCGCACUUCACAAACCCUCCUCACUUCCCCCAUGUUUCCCACCAUUGACAUUGUAAAUAAAAUGCUUU